AUGGCUGACGAAGUUUACGACGGUGCCAUUGGUAUCGACCUGGGUACCACCUACUCUUGCGUGGCCAUCUACGAAGGUACAAAUGUCGAAAUCAUUGCCAACGAGCAGGGUUCGUUCACCACUCCCUCAUUCGUCUCCUUCACCGACAAGGAGCGUCUGAUCGGUCAUGCUGCCAAGAACAAUGCUGCCAUGAACCCCAAGAACACCGUCUUCGAUGCCAAGCGUCUGAUUGGUCGUCGCUUCGAUGAUCCUACCGUCAAGAAGGACAUUGAGUCCUGGCCUUUCACCAUCAUUAACGAUGCCGGUCAGCCCAAGGUCCAGGUCGAGUACCUCGGCGAGACGAAGCAGUUCUCUGCUCAGGAGAUCUCUGCCAUGGUUCUCCUCAAGAUGAAGGAGAUUGCCGAGACCAAGCUCGGUAAGAAGGUCGAGAAGGCCGUCAUCACUGUCCCCGCCUACUUCAACGACAACCAGCGUCAGGCUACCAAGGAUGCCGGUGCAAUCGCCGGCCUCAAUGUCCUUCGUAUCAUUAACGAGCCUACUGCCGCCGCCAUUGCCUACGGCCUGGGCUCUGGCAAGUCCGAGAAGGAGCGCAACGUCCUGAUCUACGAUCUGGGCGGUGGUACUUUUGAUGUAUCCCUCCUCGUCAUCCAGGGCGAUGUCUUUACCGUCAAGGCCACCAAUGGUGACACCCACCUUGGUGGUCAAGACUUCGACACGAACCUUCUCAAUCACUGCCGGGAUGCCUUCACUCGCGAGACCAAGAAGGACCUCAGCAGUGAUGCCCGUGCCCUGCGAAGACUCCGUACUGCUUGUGAGCGUGCCAAGCGUACCCUGUCCAACGGCACCCAGGCCACCAUUGAGAUCGACUCUCUCUUCGACGGUCAGGACUUCAGCAUCACCAUCACCCGUGCCCGUUUUGAGAACCUCAACGCCGAAGCUUUCUCUGGCACUCUCCAGCCUGUUGUUCAGGUUCUCAAGGAUGCUGGCAUCGACAAGCGAGCUGUUGACGAGAUUGUUCUGGUCGGUGGUUCUACACGUAUUCCCAAGAUUCAGAAGCUUCUGUCUGAGUUUUUCAACGGUAAGCAGCUUGAGAAGAGCAUCAAUCCUGAUGAGGCUGUUGCCUAUGGCGCUGCUGUCCAAGCCGGUAUCCUCUCCGGCAAGGCCACCUCCGCUGAAACCGCCGACCUCCUGCUUCUCGAUGUCGUUCCCCUGUCUCUGGGUGUUGCCAUGGAGGGUAACAUCUUCGCUCCUGUCGUCACCCGUGGACAGACUGUUCCGUGCUUGAAGAAAAGAACCUUCACCACGGUUGCCGACAAUCAGCAAACUGUCCAGUUCCCCGUUUACCAGGGUGAGCGAGUCAACUGUGAGGACAACACCUCUCUGGGAGAGUUCACUCUUGCUCCCAUCCCCCCAAUGCGUGCUGGCGAGGCCGUCCUGGAGUGUGUCUUUGAGGUCGAUGUCAAUGGCAUCCUGAAAGUCACCGCCACUGAGAAGACCUCUGGCCGCAGUGCCAACAUCACCAUCGCCAACUCUGUCGGCAAACUUUCCACGGGCGAGAUCGAGAAGAUGAUCUCUGACGCUGAGGCCUUCAAGAGCAACGACGAGGCUUUCAGCAAGCGAUUUGAGGCCAAGCAGCAACUCGAGUCCUAUAUUGGCCGAGUUGAGGAGAUUGUCACGGACCCCGCACUCUCUCUUAAGCUUAAGCGUGGCCAGAAGGAGAAGAUUGAGCAGACCAUCUCGGAGGCCAUGGCCACUCUUGAGAUCGCCGACAGCUCUGCCGAGGACCUCAAAAAGCAGGAGCUUGCCCUCAAGCGCAUUGUUACAAAGAACUUGUCUUCCCGAUAA